AUGUCAGGUUUUAGAGUAGGUGGCAAGGUGGUGGAUAGAGUUGAUUUAUUGAGGAAGAGGCCUUUGCCAUGGCGCUUGGAUGUUUGGCCUUUCGUUAUUAUAUAUGCUCUGUGGCCAACAACAAUUCUUCCCAGCCUAGACUUUGUGGAUGCUGCCAUUGUAUUGGGUGGCCUUGUAGCACUUCACAUUCUGUCCUGGUUGUUUACGGUUUGGUCGGUUGAUUUCAAAUGUUUUGCCCAUUACAGCAAGGCUAAAAAUAUUCACGAUGCAGAUGCUUGCAAAAUAACACCAGCUCAGUUCUCAGGUUCUAAAGAAGUUGUUCCGCUUAAUUUUCGGAAAACAGUGGAUUCAGAAGAGAUUUACUUCGACUUCAGGAAACAACGUUUUGUCUAUUCAGAGGAGAAUGGAACGUUUUGCAAGCUUUCUUACCCUACCAAGGAAACAUUUGGAUAUUAUCUCAGAAGUACUGGCCAUGGCACUGAAGCUAAAGUUCUUGCUGCCGCUGAGAAAUGGGGGCGCAAUGUAUUUGAUUAUCCUCAGCCUACAUUUCAGAAGUUGUUGAAAGAGAACUGCAUGGAGCCUUUUUUUGUAUUUCAGGUUUUCUGUGUGGGUCUCUGGUGCUUGGAUGAAUAUUGGUAUUACAGUUUGUUUACUCUAGGUAUGCUGUUUAUGUUUGAGUCAACUAUGGCAAAAAGCCGGCUGAAGACUUUAACUGAGUUGAGACGUGUUAGUGUUGAUAGUCAGACCUUAAUGGUACAUCGCUGUGGCAAGUGGGUAAAACUCUCUGGCACUGAUCUCUUGCCUGGGGAUGUUGUAUCUAUUGGACGCUCUUCAGGCCAGAAUGGAGAAGAGAAGUCUGUGCCUGCAGACAUGCUUAUAUUGGCUGGAAGUGCUAUUGCAAAUGAAGCAAUUCUCACAGGCGAGUCUACUCCUCAGUGGAAGGUUUCAAUUGCCGGUAAAGGCAUCGAGGAGAAGUUGUCGGCUAGGCGAGAUAAAAGUCAUGUCUUAUUUGGUGGGACUAAAAUUUUGCAGCACACCCCAGACAAGACUUUUCCACUGAAAACGCCUGAUGGUGGCUGCUUGGCUGUUGUUCUAAGAACGGGAUUUGAAACUAGUCAAGGAAAGCUGAUGCGGACAAUCUUAUUCUCUACUGAAAGGGUGACUGCCAAUAGCUGGGAAAGUGGGCUGUUCAUUUUGUUCUUGGUUGUGUUUGCUUUAAUAGCCGCUGGUUAUGUACUUGUUAAGGGGCUAGAAGAUCCCACGAGGAGCAAGUAUAAGCUUAUACUAAGCUGUUCACUUAUCAUUACUUCUGUGAUACCUCCGGAGUUACCCAUGGAAUUGUCAAUAGCAGUUAAUACUUCCCUAAUUGCCCUGGCUCGGCGUGGAAUAUUUUGUACAGAACCUUUCAGAAUACCAUUUGCUGGCAAGGUUGACAUAUGUUGUUUUGACAAGACUGGAACACUUACUUCUGAUGACAUGGAGUUCUCUGGAGUUGUUGGGGUGGCAGGGUCUACUGAAUUAGAAUCUGAUGUGAAUAAAGUGCCCGCUCGUACUGUAGAAAUUCUGGCUUCUUGUCAUGCGUUGGUGCUUGUUGAUAAUAAGCUGGUUGGCGAUCCUCUUGAGAAGGCAGCACUCAAGGGAAUUGAUUGGAGUUAUAAAUCUGAUGAGAAGGCUGUUCCAAAAAAGGGUAAUGGCAAUCCUGUCCAAAUUGUUCAGCGACACCAUUUUGCAUCUCACUUAAAACGAAUGGCAGUUGUUGUUCGCAUUCAAGAGGAGUUUUUGGCCUUUGUGAAGGGUGCCCCAGAAAUUAUUCAAGAUAGGCUUACCGAUAUACCACUGUCGUAUGUUGAGACCUACAAAAAAUAUACACGUCAGGGUUCUCGUGUUCUUGCCCUUGCUUAUAAGUCUCUUCCUGACAUGACAGUCAGUGAAGCUAGAGGCUUGGAUAGGGAUAUAGUGGAGAGUGGUCUUACUUUUGCAGGAUUUGUGGUAUUUAAUUGUCCUAUUAGAUCGGAUUCAGCCUCAAUUUUAUCUGAAUUGAACGGAUCGUCACAUGACCUGGUUAUGAUUACUGGUGAUCAAGCUUUGACAGCUUGCCAUGUUGCUAGUCAAGUGCAUAUAAUAUCAAAACCGACAUUGAUUCUUGGUCCAGCAAGUCAUAGUGAAGGGUAUAACUGGAUGUCUCCCGAUGAGUCUGAAAUAGUCCCCUACAGUGUGAAGGAGGUUGAAUCUUUGUCAGAGACUCAUGAUCUCUGCAUUGGAGGUGAUUGCAUUGAGAUGUUGGAACAAACUUCUGCUAGUUUACUGGUCAUUCCAUACGUGAAGGUGUUUGCUAGAGUGGCUCCUGAACAGAAAGAACUCAUAAUGACCACUUUCAAAAAAGUAGGAAGGAUAACUUUGAUGUGUGGAGAUGGAACAAAUGAUGUUGGAGCUUUAAAGCAGGCCCAUGUAGGGGUUGCUCUUCUGAAUGCAAUACCUCCAAAAAGUGGAGGCUCCUCUUCGGACUUGUCCAAGGAAGAAGGUACAAAAUCUAACAAGCCAAAGAAAUCUAAGUCUGCACUUGAUUCAUCUGGAAAACCUAUUGGCUCUAGCGGAGAAGGCACUUCAAAAGCCAAGGGUGCUUCACGAUCAGAUUCCAUUAGCCACUCAAGUAACCGUCAUCUGACAGCUGCAGAAAUGCAAAAACAAAAGCUUAAGAAAAUGUUGGAUGAGCUUAAUGAGGAUGGAGAUGGUCGCAGUGCUCCUGUAGUAAAGCUUGGUGAUGCCUCAAUGGCAUCACCUUUCACUGCAAAGCAUGCAUCUGUUGCUCCCACCACUGACAUAAUUCGUCAAGGUCGCAGUACUCUUGUGACUACCCUCCAGAUGUUCAAAAUUCUUGGCCUCAACUGCCUUGCUACUGCAUAUGUGUUAAGUGUCAUGUACCUGGAUGGUGUCAAGCUUGGUGAUGUGCAAGCCACAAUCAGCGGAGUGUUUACUGCUGCCUUCUUCCUUUUCAUCUCACAUGCCCGCCCUCUUCCUACACUUUCAGCUGAACGUCCUCACCCCAAUAUCUUUUGUGCUUAUGUCUUUCUUUCCCUCCUAGGACAAUUUGCAAUUCACCUGUUUUUUCUGAUUUCCUCUGUUAAAGAGGCUGAGAAACACAUGCCUGAGGAAUGCAUUGAAGUAGAUUCUGAUUUUCAUCCCAACCUAGUGAAUACUGUUUCCUACAUGGUGAGCAUGAUGCUUCAGGUGGCUACUUUUGCUGUGAACUAUAUGGGUCAUCCUUUCAACCAGAGCAUCUCUGAAAACAAACCAUUCCGAUAUGCCCUCUUUGCUGCCGUUGUCUUCUUCACAGUGAUCACAUCGGAUCUAUUCAGAGACUUGAAUGACUGGUUGAAGCUGGUGCCACUGCCAGAGGGAUUAAGGGAUAAACUGUUGAUUUGGGCUGCUCUUAUGUUUUUGGCCUGCUAUUCAUGGGAGAGACUAUUACGGUGGGCUUUCCCUGGUAAAAUUCCAGCUUGGAAGAAACGCCAACGUCUUGCUGCAUCCGGCUUUGAAAAUAAGAAACGCGUCUGAGUAGGUUAACGGAAACGUGAGAAACAGAGAUUUACCUUAGGCAGUGCAUUGAUGACUGAACUAAGAGGUGUUACUGGCGAAACCAUUUGGCAGUAGGAAAUAUCAUGAUGAAUUUUGAUAUAGUUGUGUUUCAGUUUUCUCUGUUCCCAUUUUAUAGAUUAGAGAAUUUUGUCUCAUGUUAAAAAAAUUUAAAUUAUUCUUGGGCGCGAAGUAUGGAUUUUAGGACGCCGGCCCUCAUCAGAAGUUGAGAUAUCUUUGUAGUGCCUUCUUUUUUGAUAUUUGGGAAGUAGGACCCCUAUUUUCAAUAUCUGACACGCGACACUGCAGAUACGAUGGAAAAUAUUCAUGACUUUGUUAUCUAUGAGCAUGCAAUUGUUAACAUGAAACAGUUUUUUCCUUCAUCUAAAA